GCGCGCGCCAUGCCAGUGCCGCGCGAGACGCGCUCGCGCACGCCGUAGCAUCGCACGCGGGUACCGUUGUCGUAGCGCCGUAGUAGAGCGUAGUCCGCCGUAGCAGGAGCGUAGUAGAGAGUGUUUGUAAUGUGUGGGGGAGUAUAGUGCCGGCAAGAUAUCAGUGCAGGAGGGGAGGAUGGUGCUGGAGGGCGGCCUGCCGGCGCCGCUGCAGCUGUACGCGGCGGCGGCGGCGCAGCUGGCCCCGCGCCCAUCGUGGCCGCCGUUCCUGCCGUUCUUCGGGGUGCCGCCGCCGUUCCUCGCGCGUCCGCGCCUGCCUCAUCCGAUGCCGGCGCGCGCGCCUCACGGCCCGCCCAGCGAGGACUCCAACGAAGAUGGAGGCAGCAGUAAAGGAGGAGUGGGGGAUGACGAUGGCGACAGCGGCAAGCGGCGGCGAUCGCGGACCAACUUCAAUUCCUGGCAGCUUGAAGAGCUGGAGCGAGCCUUCCUGGCCUCGCAUUACCCUGACGUGUUCAUGAGGGAAGCCCUGGCCAUGCGGCUCGACCUCAAGGAGAGCAGGGUUGCUGUGUGGUUCCAGAACCGGCGAGCCAAGUGGCGCAAGAAGGAGCAUACCAAGAAGGGCCCCGGCCGGCCGGCGCACAACGCGCACCCGCAGUCCUGCUCCGGGGAGCCCAUCCCACCACACGAGCUGAGAGCCCGGGAGAGGGCGAGAAGAAGAAAGAAGCUGGCAAAAGCGCUGGAUCGGCAAGCGAGGAAACUGCGGGCGAAGGGCAUCGCUGUUGACCUAGAAGCUCUGAAGGCUGAGUACCUAGCCCAGCACAGAAACAGCGGGCUAUACUCUGACUCAGACGACGGAGACGGAGAAGACAUGAUAGAUGUAGUUGGAGGCGACUCUUGUCACGACUCAGGGCCUGAAGACUUCUCAAUAACAGGCAGGCUGCGAGCGCCGUCUGGAGCCGACGGGACCAAUAACUCGGACAGCUCUACGUCAGACGCGCACUCAGGAAGGAACUUCAGCCCCAUCCCAGAUCCCCAGUCCUCAUUCUUCAAACAGUUCGGGGCUUCCGGUGGAAACUUCGAGAAAUUCGACUUCGACUCCAGCCGAGCAGUCUCCUUAGACCUCAGCGGCGGUGGCACGGCCACCGAACAAGACCUGUCCAAAAACGGGGGAACAAGGAAACAUAAUCCGUUCAGUAUAGAAUCAUUGCUUAACACGUGAAAGUGACUCUUUGAUAUAGUUGACUAUAGAGGCUCUUGAAUCUUUUGUGUCUUACAGUGACUUUAACUGCCGAUGUCUGAGCAGGGUCUGGGCGUAAACUUGCAAACAUUUUGUGAAGUGAAAAUCCAACGCAUACAAAAACUUUCAUAAGCUUAUUGGCUACAUGUUUAUUUCAAAACUGAUUUUGUUUGAAAGUGAUUAUAUAUAUAAUAUUAGGUUUAGACCAUGUCUCAGACGAGACACAGACGCAUCACACAGGCAUUUCGUGAAAUGUUCCUUUGCUUUAAUAUUAAUGAAUCGUUAUUAUCAUUAGUUCUAAUCAGCUUCAGUAAAGACUUGAUAGGUACCUACCCGUUAACAUAUCUCGUGUGAAUAUUAGAUGUAGGUAUCUUGUAUUAUAUAGGCUGUAGUGUAUAUAGACUCUGAAUAUUUAUUUUCUUCACGGAUGUUAUAAUAUAAAUAUUUUUCUUUAUUUGAUUCGGGGCAAUAAUUUAAAUAUUUGUUGAUAAUAUGGUAUUUUAUUUUCUUUACGAUGUUUUAGAUUUUAUUGUUGACCGUAGACUUACCAAAUUGUAAUUUCUUGACAGAGACAUGACCAAGUCGUCGUCGAAAAGUGAUAUUCCAUUUCCAUCCUUCCUUACGUCGCUGUAUGUUUUAAUUUUGCUUUCGUCCUGCGCAAAAACCACUCCAAGUCCAUUAUCAUUUAUACGAUGCUAUCAUAAACGUAUAAGUAGUUUAUCACAUAACUACAAGCGCUUACAUUUCGUUAUCAAACUGAUCUUGUACGUAGCAGUGUGCUAGCAACGGAACAGAAAUAUCUUGUUUUGCCCAUUAGCGAAACGGAGUGUAAUUACUAUGUACUUAAUUAUCUCAAUUACAAUUAUAACUCCAUGACGGUACAAUGUUGCUUUUAGGAGUGACAUGGAAACCAAAGAUUUAGCGAUGUAGCUUGAAAUAUGGAGUGCAAAUUGGGGAUAAUAAAAAAUAUACAAGGUGUUCCAAAAAUGGUAUCAAAUCGAAUCUCAGACAAAUAUAACCCACCCCCAUGUAUGUUCAGCGAUUGUUUGUAAAGCGGUUUAGGAGAGGAGAUGUGAUAUGUUUUGUACUUUUCACUUUAUGCUACUUGCCAGGAUAAGUUUAUAGAUGACAUUUACCUGAAAGACAAGAAAAUAUCGAGAUUUUUAAUGAAAAGGAUAUUUAUUACUUGUAACACAGCCAUCAAAUUAUAAUUUACUCAGAAUAUGGCGGCGCAAAUACAAUUACCUUCUAUAGGCUAAAGAAAUGCAAUCGUAAAAUAACAACAAUUAAUGAAUGUAUAAUGUGAAACGAGCGAUAAGAGCGGCAAUUAGUGAAAUACCGCGCCUGCGCCGUUUUAUUGCAGUUUUAGAACUCGAGUGCAUACCUAAGGGCCUGCGAAGCGCAGCGAUAUUUUAUAUCAUACGUAUUCACGCCCUCAAUUCCUAUUGGAUUGAACAGAAUUACAUUAAAAGGCAAAUGGCAUAUCGACAUCUUUCAUGACAUCUACGCAUUUCUUAUUAGAUUUUCCCCACAGUUUGUUAUUAAAAAGUUUUGUCCUGUAUCUUCGAAGUCAGUGGUCUAAUUCUUAUAAAAUGAAUAUGGGACCAACUAGAGACCUUUUUACCAUAAACAAGAAACAUAAUAUAAAAAACGUAAGCGCCAAAUUGAGAACCUUCGCUUUUUAAAGCGGUUAUAAAAAGGCUCAUUUCGGCGCGUCUUCAUAAGACGACACACCUAACCUAACUCAUCGUAACUUUUUAAAUUUAGAGCUUUUUCACGUUAUUAAUACGUUAUCGAAUUCUGUAAACAGUAGCGAUUAGAUCCUAUGGUCCUUAAUACGUAUUCAUUAUGAUGUGUUUGACUUUGGGGGUUAAAAAGCUACACAAAAGCAAUUCAUCUCAGAAAACAAUUGACAUUUGCGUAAAUAAAAGUAAGUACGCAAUGCCAACAAUUCAUUUCAAAUAGCAAUAUUGCUAUUUUAGAUACAUUGCUUCAAUAUGGCGUCUUUAGCCCUCAGUCCUGAACACGAUUCAUUGUGAUGUGUUUGGCUAGGCUCUCUGAUGGUGUGGCCUAAGAUAAAUGCUAAAAAAGUUAGUACUGAAAUACCUAAAGUAUCUAAGGAAAAGGCAUUGCUGUAAGAUCUUUCAUUUCUCAUGAAAGCUUCUUUAGGCGUCAUGCGCGGAAUAUAACUUUAUUAACCUACAAAACGACAAAACAACUGGUCAUGCCGAGGUCUUGAAUUGUCUAUAAAUCAUUAUCUUUCUUUAGGGACCUGUUCGAAUAUUGCCGGUUAAAUGUUGACCGGCAAAAUAUUUAUUCUUCAAUCAUGACAUUAUUAGAAUUGAGUAUGUGAGUGUUACAAAAUUGAAAUCAUUUUUCACUGAUGGUAUGGACCACUGUUUGAUCCGAGUAAUUGGGAACGCUAAGGCUGAUUGUUCCGAACAAAACAUAUUUUGAUUUUAGUUACAAUUUUAUCAGAAGAAUUACAAUAUAAAAUUUAUUAAAUUGGAAAUCAGGGUGCCUAAACCAAACAUUGCUGCAAUUCAUCUAAAAAAGCAAUAUUGCAAUUUGAUAUUUGCGCAUAUAAUUGUAAGUGCGCAAUGUCAACAAAUGUCAAAUAGCAAUAACGCUUUUUUACAUGAAUUGAUUCAAUGUGGCCUUUUUAACCCCUCAGGUCUGUGCCGGCCCGCGUUCUGGUUUAGGUUCAUAUCCACUUAAACACUCAGAACAUUAUCCUAAUAACAGCUCCAAGAGUAACAGCCCUGAGUGAAACCUUUACCUGGUCAAAUAGUUAUCAUCAGGGAGAAAUAUGAAACUAAUGACAUCAUUAUCAAACUAAUGACAGAUCAGCCUUUAUCCAUAUUUUUAUGUUUACUUUGACUGUUUGUACGUGUAAAAAAGCUUGAAGGAUGUUGAGUACCUACUUACCUGAAAAGAGUGAGAUAUGAAUACUAGAAAAUAUUAUUCUUACGACAAAAGGUAACAAAUAGUAAUUAUGAAGUAACAUACCUAUAAUAGGUACUUAAUUUAUAAUUACCAUUUGUAAUCUUUUAGGAUGAACGAACAACACGCAAUACUUAUGCAAAAACAUUGUUUGAAAUCUUUUCGUAUUUUUUCGCUGAAAACAAGUUUUUUCGUUUUUUUUUCAGAAAUACAAAAUUGUAAUCAUUAUAUAUUAUGGAUUUGUCUGUUCUUCAAAAUAAUGGAUAAAAUGCUGAGAUAUAUUUUAAACGUUCAACAAUAUUGUAAGAAAACCGUGAGACCUACAUCCUUUUUUUUUUUGACGUGACUUAUUGUAGAUUUGCCGCAGAUGGCAUUAACUACUUGGCCGGACAAAUGGGGAGCGCUGAAGGCUCUCACCCGGUACAACGUUUAAGACAACAGGCCUGAGGGUGCCCAGUUGGGCGCGAACCUCGGCUCAGGGCGUUGUCUGAGAGAAAAAAUAUUUGAAAGAAUUAAUCGACCCUAGUGGGUCGAUAGCGAUAAGCGCUGAAUGAGGGAAAUCGUCGACCACGCCGGCGGGGUCGGUAUCGGGGCCCUGAAGUGUUUGGUGUCGCGAGCUGAUUGGCUGCCUCUAUGGCUAGAGUAAUCGGGUCGUCGGGAUCGUAUAUUACGUCCUUCGAGACCUACAUCCAAAAGAUUAAAAUAAAUAGGCAAAAACAUACGAAAUUAUUUCUUAACAUUACUCACAUCCUUCAAGCACAGCCAUUUGUAAACAUUGUUUUAAAUAUAACUUACACAGUUUUAUUCGUUCACAAACUAGACAUAAGCUGUUUAACUGUACAUUUUGUAGUCGAAAUAAUAUGUUAGGUACAAAGUAAUUAAGUUUAUUUAUAUGACAGAAGAGGAAGUGAUACGAUAUAUUGUAAAUGAACAUCACUUGUGUAAGAUCUAAGAUGUAAAAAGGUAUGUUAUGCGAGUAACUUAUUGAAUCAAAAUAUAACACCAUUAAAACA